CUGAUCUCUUUCUCGUAAGCGUAAAGUGGUUGAAGAGGUUAAUAAAAGACGGUAUUGAAUCUUAUUUUCACAUAGUGUUUGCACAUUUACUCGAUUACGUUUUGCUUUGCGAUAUAAAACCAUCUCUAACGCUUGACGACAUCACAUCUUUUCUCUCUGGUUUGAUUUUAUUCAAUAACUGUCAAGUCGAAAUAGUCAAUACAAUACACUUCAUUUCAUUGUGAUAAGGGCGACUGUAAAGCGUAUGGCUCUGCGUGAUAAUAUUUAUUAAAGUACAUAUAAGCAUAAAGUAUAGAAUAAAAUAAUGAACGAUGAAAAGCAACCGCUUCUCACGGGACCCAGCAAUUCAAUUGAUAGUAUCGAACAGCCAGUAGAAUUAGUGACAGCUCCAGUUGCAACUUCAGCUACUAGUGGCAAACCAAAAAGCGACUAUCACCCAGCCGCGGAAAGACGGCUGGAGCAUCCGACUUCCAACUUCGAUACCUUAAUCCACCUUCUAAAAGGAAACAUAGGCACUGGCAUACUGGCUAUGCCAGAUGCUUUUAAAAAUGCUGGCCUCAUAAUUGGUGUAUUUGGUACAUUACUCAUGGGUACAAUAUGUACCCACUGCAUGCAUAUGCUAAUAAAGUGUGCACAUGAGCUGUGCAUCAGGAGUCAGAAGCCAGCUCUGGGUUUCUCUGAAGUAGUUGAAGAUUCAUUUGCACUAGGACCAAUAUCAGUGAGGCCAUAUGCUAAAACAAUGAAGAAUAUUGUCAGUGUAUUUUUGGUAAUAACACAAUUGGGAUUUUGCUGUGUAUACUUUUUAUUUGUUGCAACUAACCUUCAAGAUACAAUGCAUUUCUUUCAUAUAAAUUUAAGUGUACAUGCAUACUUGGCUUUAUUAUUCCCGCCAAUACUUGCCCUGGCUAUGGUGAAGAACUUAAAGUACCUGACACCAGUGUCUCUGGUUGCCUCUAUAAUGACUGCUUGGGGCCUUGUGAUAACAUUUUACUAUAUACUUCAAGAUUUGCCAGCUACAAAUACGGUGGAUGCAUUUUCUAGCUGGCAUCAAUUACCUUUAUAUUUUGGCACGGCUAUUUAUGCAUUUGAAGGAAUAGGAGUGAUUUUACCGUUGGAAAAUAACAUGAAAACCCCAGAAGACUUUGGUGGCUGGAAUGGUGUGCUCAAUACUGGCAUGGUGAUAGUAGCCGCAUUGUAUACAGCUAUCGGAUUUUUUGGCUAUUUGAAAUACGGCGACCACGUACUCGGCAGUAUAACGCUCAACUUGCCCAACACUUUGUUAGCGCAAAGUGUUCGGGCAGUUAUGGCAGCUUCGAUUUUCUUAUCGUAUGGGCUACAGUUUUACGUACCGAUGAAUAUUGUUUGGCCAUAUGUCAAAUCAAAACUGACGUCAGAGCAGGCACUGAAACACGGUGAAGCAGUCACUCGGUUCGUGCUCAUUUCUAUAACGUUUCUGGCGGCCGCUCUGAUUCCCAAUUUGAGUGGAAUAAUUUCUCUUGUGGGCGCAUUCAGCAGUUCGGCACUCGCGCUAAUCUUCCCGCCCGUCAUAGAAAUAAUGACGUUCUGGCCUGACCAACUCGGACGGUACCAGUGGAUGCUAUAUAAAGAUAUCUUCAUCAUCUUCUUCGGUUUUACAGGAUUCGUAUUCGGCACUUUCAUCAACGUAAAAAAUAUAUUUUUCUAAAAGAAAUUAAAAUUCAGUACCUACUUGACAAAAAAUAAUAUAAACCAAAGAGUUUUGUAAUAUUGUAUGUUGUUUUAUAUGAUAAUCAUGACAAUAAUUGUGUGUAGUAAAUGUUUAAAAUAUUUUGCUGUAUGAAAAUAUAAACUUAGCUUUAGGUGUUGAUUUAUUGACAAGCUCAGCUUAUUUUUAAACGUUUAUUUUAUAUUGGACCUUUUUAGUAUUGAUCAUCGUAGUAUCCUUUUUAGUAUCAGAAAUAUUGAAAUGGGUAUUAUUUUAAACUUUUGAUAGAGAUGACAUGGGCUUGUACUCAUGCAUAGAUAUAUUGUUACCUAUUAUGUGUACAUUAGCUCUAGUUUUUUGUAUACGUACGAUACGUAUAUAUACCUAAUAUACCUACUGAUAUCAGCAUACCAAAAUAUUACAAUAUUAGUAAUUUACAUUCCACUGUUACUUUCGGACAGUAUAAAUAAACCUUUGUUUUAUGUUUUGGUAUGUGAAUAAUGUGAUCUUAGUACCUUCCUAUUUUUUUAUUUAAUUAUUAAAUUAUUUUUGUUAGAUUAUUCAAAUCCUUGUUUAGUUGAAUUAGUAAUAAAAUCUAUUUAGAGCACCUAAGCAAAGAAAUAAGAUAAAGAAUAUAAAAAUAUGUACAGUAUCGAAUAUUUUUGAUCUUAAAUGUUUAAAACUAUAGUUAAUAUAUUGAACGCAUUUAUAAAUGGUGCUUGUGUAUUCAAUGUAUUUGGUGUUAUCAAUGUAUGCUCAUAGGUUAAAUGAAUUUGUUGCUUAAAAAUCCAGUUGAUGUAUGUCAUUCUGGAAAAAAAAAUUUGAGACCAGAAAAAUGUUUUAUGUGAUAAGGACGCGCAGAUGGAGCAGAUAAAUGUUAAUGUUACAAUAACCAGAAGCAGAUUGAUAAAUUGUUCUUACUAGCAAGUCGCAAGUGCAAUGUACCUAAAUACAAUGUUGUAAAUAACAAAUGCUAUGUAGUUUAAUACAUCGUAACUAGAAAGAAAAUAACUAUAUAGGCAUAUUUAACUUACAUGCAUGUAUUCUUGGAAGCAUUUGUUGUGUGUUAUAAUAUGCUUUCUCGCUUUACAAUUCGUUUUCUGCUUUCUGUUUGCAUGAGACAUAAUACUUAGUUUUAUUUCUACAAACAUGUUGACUAAAUAAUAGCAUUUAAAAUAGUUAAUGAAGCACAUAUUAAUAUAACAUAAAUUGAUCACCGCAAAAUAUGAUACAAAUUAAAUAAUGAUCUGUGUAUAUUCUCAGUUUAUGAUACUAAUGAUCUGUAUAGAAUCUAUGAAAAAAGCCCACCGAGUUAGCUGUGCAGGUGGUGAGCGGAAAUUUUUGACAAACGCUUAGGUCAAAUUUAGGAAAAAGAGAAAGAGAUUAUUAAAAAAUUAAAUAUUUUACAAUCAAAUCAGACGCUGUUGCUUUGCAACUUAUUGACAGCUUUGCGCCGCAAAAAGCAACAUAUCUGUGGACGCGCCAUUAUGUUAUUUUCUUUUUUUUGAGAUACAUUCCUCAAGGAAAUUUUAGUUAUAAAGCAGCAAUAUCAAAGCUAACAGUGCUGAUCUGAACAGACUACUCAGUGGGUGUAUAGUUUGCCUAUUUUAGUGGUGAUGUACUUAUGUCAAAGAAAAUAUAGAUAAUGGUGCAAAUUA